CGAGACCGAGACCGUUCGCCGUUGUGCAGCUGCAGGCAGCUCCACUCUCCCCUCUCCCCUUCCAGCCGCCGUCGCGAUGGCCGAGACGGUGGACUUCGCGAGCGGCGACGGGGAGGCAUGGCGAGCGGCGCUGGGCGCGUACGACCGACGGCUGGCGGCGCUGGACAAGCCCGACCUCCUGGACGCGGACUCCUUCUACCGCCACGACCUCCCCCUCCUGCUGCACCGCCGCGACCCGGACCCCUACCUCGCCAAGCCCGAGCUGGUGCAGCUCAUGCAGUGGAAGCUCUCCCGCGGCAAGUGGAGGCCGAGGCUGAUGGAUUUCGUCAAAAGCUUGGAUGACAAGGUUGUAGAGUCGGCGUCACGCAAGGCAUUUGCUGCGCUGCCCGACCUCAGCAAGGCCAUCACCGAGCUCACGGUGCUCAAGGGUGUUGGCCCUGCCACUGCAUCCGCGGUGCUCGCUGCCUAUGCACCCGAUGUUGCGCCCUUCAUGUCGGACGAAGCAAUGGUUGCAGCCUUGGGCAAUGUAAAGGAGUACACUCUGAAGCAGUACCUUGCGUUUGCGGAGAAGUUGCAGGAUAAAGCGGAGGAGUUGAGCGUAGGAGGAGAAAGCUUCACGCCUUCAGAUGUUGAGAGAGCCUUGUGGAGCUCGGCAAUCGCCUCCAAGCCACCGAAGGCACCAGCAGGCGGGAAGAGAAAACGAUGACUUGUGCUGCCGCACUGUUGCGCUAGGGCUAGAAUGGUCUGCUGGUGGUAGGCCUUAGAUCGAUCUUUGUAGAAUGUAUGUCAUGUACUUUGAUCCCUUUGGAUCAGACAAAAAAUAUUUGUGAAUGGCUCACCUCCUGAGCUCUGGUAUUUGACCUGGUGUAUUCGGACAGAAGGGCUAACAGCCGUAUGAAAUUGCCAUCAAAUCCAUAGAUCAUUGCAGUUA